AUGGCUGUGUACGUCCUGCCCCAAGCCGACAUCAAAAAGGCUCUCAAAGAUCUUCAAUGGACCCUGGACAUUCAUUGUUGGGCCAGUAUUCAGUAUGAGCGUAUGGAUGGGGACGUGACCAUGAGGUGUGGCUCUCUGGACAGCGAUGCCAGCGUGACAUGGAAGGUAAACGGGACGGACGUGAAGGCACACCACCGGGAGGAGGGGUCGAGACUCAUACUGAUGGAGGUGGACCUCUCAAACAACGGACUCUACAGCUGCUUUCAGAACCCCAAUGGAGAACGACGGGACCAGAUCAACCUGCGCAUCGGAACCUCGCCUCGGGAACCCACGGUGACGUGUCGAUCCAACACCUACCCUAAAGGUUUCUACUGUAGCUGGCACCUUCAGCACCCCACCUCCAUACCCACAGAGUUCGACGUCACCGUCCUACACAACCAGGAGUCCCUAGAAGUAACAAGGGAUGUGGUCCAUAAGAACCGCUGCCACGUUCUGUUCCCUGAGGUGUUCAGUAGCUACCCCUACAGAGUCAACGUUACAGCUGUCAACGCCCUGGGAAAAGCCUCCACCACCAUCACCUUUGAAGAGAUCAACAUAGUGAAACCAGACCCCCCUGAAAGGGUGGUGGCCACUCCCAUCCCCAGCAACGUGCGUCGUUUAGAGGUCACCUGGAAUAGCCCUUCUACCUGGCCUGAUGUAGAAAUCUUCCCCCUGAAGUACUUCCUACGAUACAGACCCCUCAUCAGAGACCAGUGGCAACACGUGGAGUUGUCAGACAGUAUGGCCCACACCAUAACGGAUGCGUAUGCAGGGAAGGAGUACAUCAUCCAGGUGGCGGCUAAGGACAUGGAGAUCGGCACCUGGAGUGACUGGAGCGUCGCGGUGCAUGCCACCCCCUGGAUGGACAAACCCCAACAGAUCCCCUCCACCACUGAGCAGGAACCACUCCACGAGACUACACCCUCCCUGGCCCCUCCCUCAGCAGAGCCCCAUAGGGCAGGUGUCCCAGUGGGCAGAGCUUCAUCGUCCCGACACCUCCCCUCACCCCUCCUCUGGUCCUCCUGUCUGCUGCAAGGGGCCCUAACUCUGGCCCUGAUAUGAUGGUUUAUUCCUGUGGAAGAAAUUGAGGAGUCUUCUUCGUCUAUUUUGCACAUAUUAAUGGACAUCCUGCAUUGAUCAUUUAUUUCAAGUUUCACACAACGUUAAAUAGAAAGUGAAGAUGUGAUGAAGUCAAAGUUAAAAUAAAAGUUUUCUACAGAAAAAAACCCCAUCAACUACUCACAACAACAGCAGGUACUAACAGCAGAACUACAGUACUGCACAAAAGCAGACAUCAUUGAUUGGACAACACAGAAGCAGACAUCAUUGAUUGGACACCACAGAAGCAGACAUCAUUGAUUGGACAACACAGAAGCAGACAUCAUUGAUUGGACAACACAGAAGCAGACAUCAUUGAUUGGACAACACAGAAGCAGACAUCAUUGAUUGGACAACACAGAAGCAGACAUCAUUGAUUGGACAACACAGAAGCAGACAUCAUUGAUUGGACAACACAGAAGCAGACAUCAUUGAUUGGACAACACAGAAGCAGACAUCAUUGUUUGGACAACACAAAAGCAGACAUCAUUGAUUGGACAACACAGAAGCAGACAUCAUUGAUUGGACAACACAGAAGCAGACAUCAUUGAUUGGACACCACAGAAGCAGACAUCAUUGAUUGGACAACACAGAAGCAGACAUCAUUGAUUGGACAACACAGAAGCAGACAUCAUUGAUUGGACAACACAGAAGCAGACAUCAUUGAUUGGACAACACAGAAGCAGACAUCAUUGAUUGGACAACACAAAAGCAGACAUCAUUGAUUGGACAACACAGAAGCAGACAUCAUUGAUUGGACAACACAGAAGCAGACAUCAUUGAUUGGACAACACAGAAGCAGACAUCAUUGAUUGGACAACACAAAAGCAGACAUCAUUGAUUGGACAACACAGAAGCAGACAUCAUUGAUUGGACAACACAGAAGCAGACAUCAUUGAUUGGACAACACAAAAGCAGACAUCAUUGAUUGGACAACACAGAAGCAGACAUCAUUGAUUGGACAACACAGAAGCAGGACUGUGUCUCCAUGGAGCUCCAGGCUUGUUAGUGGAUCUGAGACUGUUAAGACUUCUCUUCAGCAGCACAGUGGACUGAUUCCAUUCUCCAAGUAAAAAAACAAAAAACUUUUUCAUUCAUUAUUCAGUGAAUUUUGAGACACUUGUAAGAGAUCCCGAGAUCCCCUUUGUCAUCAUUUGUGGUGACAUACAGCUAACUCAUCAUGCCAAAGACUUGUCUUGGAGAAGGUUUCCCACAAUCCUCAGCUUCCUUAAGCCUGUGCCUGUGGAGAAGGGAUGGAAUCCAGAGAAUUCCGGGAUUCUGUAUCUGACAUCCGACAACCAACAUGACAUCCAAUCCAUCACGAUAUAAACAACAACACAUGACAUAAACAACAACAUAACAGAGAACUAAAACACACAUUGGAGAAAUCCUGAAUUAGAGUUCUAAUAGCUUUCUACUGCACCCAGCGAUCGCCAAGAGAGUAGAGCUGUUAAAACACAGUGGAUUUGAGAGCAAUUCAUCUCCAUCAUCGUCGUCUGUUUGGGACUUUACCAUUGAGGAAGUAGAUUGCCUUACAAUACAUGACUUUAAAAGGAUAAGGGUCUAUCUGCAAAAAGUUGAUUCUGAGGUAAUUGGCUUUAAUGUUCCGAAACCUCAUUGGUUUGAACGGUGUGAUCAAUUUUAACAUGUAGUCUUUACCAACAUAUUUACAGCACUAUAUAGGUAGACAUUGUACAGAACACAAAAUAUUUCAAUAACUCAGUUUUCACAAAAAUGCAGAUAGACCCAUUCAAUUCCAAGCUCUCGAUUAGGCCCUCAGUCCUCUGGCAGGUGGACUAUGUACUCUGUAGAAAGACAAGCUCUCGAUUAGGCCCUCAGUCCUCUGGCAGGUGGACUAUGUACUCUGUAGAAAGACAAGCUCUCGAUUAGGCCCUCAGUCCUCUGGCAGGUGGACUAUGUACUCUGUAGAAAGACAAGCUCUCGAUUAGGCCCUCAGUCCUCUGGCAGGUAGACUAUAUACUCUGUAGAAAGACAAGCUCUCGAUUAGGCCCUCAGUCCUCUGGCAGGUGGACUAUGUACUCUGUAGAAAGACAAGAGUUUAAUUUAUAGUUCCAUUGACUUUUCAAAAUGUGUUUUUGCAGUUUACAUUUUAAUAGCCAAUAUCACAAGUUCAUAUUAUUACAAGGAAAACUGUUGUGCAUUAUUACAUGUUUAAUAUUGAAUAAUAAAACACACACAGGAUCUACACACACACACACACAGGACCUACACACACACACACACACACACACAGGAUCUACACACACACACACAGGACCCACACACACACACACACACACACACACACACACACACACACACACACACACACACACACACACACACACACACACAGGACCUACACACACACACACACACACAGGACCUACACACACACAGGACCUACACACACACACAGGAUCUACACACACACACAGGACCUACACACACACACACACACACACAGGA